CGAAAAACGAAGUCCGAGGCCAAAAUCCACCACUUUCCGAUCGAAAAAUCAGCUAAUUGGCCGCCAUGAGCGCCACCGCGUUGAUUCCAACCACCAACGCCGCCGCAUCACGAAUUCCCUCAUUCUCCACCGCUCGAACCCGAAGAAAAUCUUCGGUUUCCGUCAUGAAUUCAUUAGUAACCGAGGCGGCGGCGGACCAGGCGGCGGCGGAGUCGGAAACCCCCCCCCGCCGCCUCAUUUUGCUACGCCACGCCAAGAGAUCCUGGAAAAACCGUUCCCUCAAAGAUCACGAUCUGCCUCUGAGUAAAUCCGGACGAGCUGAUGCUGUGAAGCUCUCGAAGAAACUCGACAAGUUGGGUUGGGUUCCUGAGCUCAUAUUAUCCAGGUGUAUGGGGCAUAAUAGAGGAUGGGAGGAAGCAGCUUCUAUGUUAUCUGGAACCCCUGUAGAACUGAAAACUUGCAAUGCUGCUUUGUUAGAAGCAACUGGGAAAUCAUGGGAAGAGGCAUUUUCUUUAGCGGGAUUUGGCGGUUGGAAACUACACGGCAUUGUAAAACCCGACACACAGAUGGAGAGAAGUUUUUGA